GGCGACAGAAUGAAGAACACCUCUUGUCCUUGUGUCAGCUCUGACUUUAGAGGCAGAUUUCUGCCUCCUGUUUACAUCAUAGUCUUCAUCAUUGGUCUGGUAGCUAACGGAUGGGGACUGAAGUCUUUGCUGCACAACUGGCAGAAGCUAAAAAUCAUCAAUGUUUCUGUUCUCAACCUUGGACUUGCUGAUAUUUUGUACCUGCUCACUCUCCCGUUUUUGAUGGUGUACCACUUUAUGGGGGGUAAAUGGAUCUUUGGAGACGCAUUCUGCAAGAUAACAAGAUUCUGCUUCCACCUGAAUCUCUAUGGCAGCAUCGGAUUCCUUACUUGUAUAAGUGUGUACAGGUACCUGGCUGUUGUCCAUCCAGUUCGUGUGAUGGGAGGAUUAACUCUGGCUCAUUCUGUGGGGAUCUCAGCCAUGGUUUGGGUCUUGGUGAGCAUUCAAAGUCUUCCGGACAUUUUCUACCCCAAAACAUUUGGAAACAACACUGAGCAAUCAUGUUUUGAUUCCACCAGUGACACCUACGUUGAGAGUUACCUGAACUACACUCUUGGACGGACAUUCACUGGCUUUUGUAUCCCAUUCCUCAUCACACUGGGCUGCUAUGGACAUGUGAUUGUUGUUCUCUGCCGCACAAAUACCACUGACAAGUUACUGAAACAGAGAAGUCUGAAGUUGUUGUUCAUCUUGAUUCUUCUCUUCUCUGUUUGUUACAUCCCCUAUCAUGUUUUAAAGAACCUCAGCCUCUGGUCAAGAGUUCUUCUCAAACAGGAGAUAUGUGCUGAAUGGUCCAAUGGAGUCUACAUUGCUCGACAGAUAAGUUGUGGCCUUGUAUCUCUGAACAGUGCUCUCAACCCUCUGGUUUACCUCCAUGGUCAUGAAGAUAUACCUGCUCAGCUUAGACAGCUGUUUCAACAAGCUUGUCAGAAGUUCAGCCGUCCACCUCCAAAAAACUCCGGCAGCGUGCCCAUGGCACAAAUCACAGAGGAACUUUAA